AUGGCACAUACGUCGCUGUCGCCAUCAAUAGCAGCACCGUUGCCCUCGCCGAUGCCAUUGCCAUUGUCAUCACUGUCUCUGUUGCCGUUGCCCUCACCCUCACCAUCGCCAUCGCUGUUUCCGUUUCCGUUGCCGUUGCCAUCUCCAUCGCCGUCGCCUUCAAAUUCAGUUCAGAAGUUGGUGAGUGUUAUGAUCAUAUGCGGUCCUUGUACCUGUUAUGUUUUAGAAGGUAAUUAGUGCAUACCUGUGACUGACGUUUUCAUUAUUUUAGGCAAAUGAAUAUGUUUCCAAACUUGGCAGACUCGAUAGCGACAGAAACACUUCUUUGCAGGUAUCUAACUCCACCAAUGACAUAUAUUAAAAUGCAGAAUACAUUCAGAUAUAGAUAUAUGUGUAUAUAAAAAUACACCCCUUUUCAACGUUGCCAAUUGAAAAUAUACAUUAAAUAUAUACACCUGUCCUUUUUGGAUCGAAAAAUGUGAUGCACGAUGCAUGUAUAUUUCACAUCAAGGGAUCAAAACGUUUAUGGUUAUUUUGACAGCAGCUAUUGUAAUUCCAUUUGAACAACUUCCCUUUAAUUUCUUUUAUCAGAAGCUUUUUGAAUGGAAAAAGAAAAGGUGUAUGUAUCAUUUAACAAAUAGAGAAGCCUUGACUGUGCUCUGUUCUGUUGUAAAGCACACAGGAAGCGGCUAGAGCACGAAAGAAGUGUAGGGAGAAACACUCGACUACGUCUCGUGUUUCUCCACACUUUAUGAGUGCUUUAGCCGCUUCCUAAGUGCUUUAUAACAGAACAGAGCACAGUCAAGGUUUCUCUAUUUAUUUUAUAAUAAAGAAUCCGUUAAAUUCCCUAAGCAUUACUUUCAAUUUUCAAAACAAACUUUAUUUCCAAAGUGAACAACAGUGUCGUCAGCAUACUCUAUACUCUCAUAAAGCACGCUACUAUAAGCCAAUCAGUGUCCCUGUUAGAAUGGUUCAAAUAAUCUGAUUGGCGGUACAAGACUAAAGCUGUCAAAAAGUGUCAACAUUCUGCAAUAGUUUACAAACUAAAAUAGUUCGGCAGGUCGAAUUUAACAUUUUUGUCUGAAGUUUUAAGUCUCUAAUACAGAAUCUUACAGUGAAAUGUUGAGUGAACUUCGGCCGAAUUAUGGCUCAUGAAAACACGCGAGUUUUUUCACAUGACAAGGUAGAAAACAAACUGUUCAAGGCGAGUAUUUUUUGAAUGAACGACAGCCGAAUUCACCGGAACAUGAAGAUCGCUCGGGAUGACAGCGCCGCAAAACUCGGCUGCAAUGACUGAUGUGACUUUCCACUCAGCGCAUUGGAAAGGAUAUCAGAGUAAGCUCUUAUUUUUCACUCGAAGGGCGGCCGAUGUAGUUUGAGGUUUGCUUUACUGCGAUGAACGGAGAUCGCCAUGAUGAGCGAGCCCCGAUGGACUUCAGCAUGCUCGUAUUCGCUCAGACACCGUUAUGACAAGUACGAAUUUUAAGUUAUGCCAGUUUGGUUAUAUUUUUCGUCGUUUCCGUUUUGUUUUCUUUUCGUUUUGAACACUGAGCUUUAUAUACUAUACGAGUUUUAGCUGUGUUUGAAUUUUAUUACCGUACGCGAGCUUGCAAUCUAACUGAGCGUGAAAAUCUUUAAAACUCGGAAUGUCUAUUUUGUUUUUCCUUUGAGGAUUUUCGUAUCUGCUCACGUUUUAAUAACGUAAAUUACGGCGCCUGGUUCUUCUGUUGCUACUUGCCGGCUCGCUUGUUCCGAAAUUUUCGCUUUCAAUUAUCGAAAAAAAGCGAAAAAGAAGUCCUGGAAAAGGUCGAACAUAGUACAAUUUGGCAGAUGGUGUGACAGCUUUAGCUCAGCUCGAUGCUCUAUACUCUCAUAGAGUACGCUCUUCGACCAAUGACAGCGCGCGUUAUAGCGGAGCUCGCAGAGCGUAGCCCAUAAUUAAACAAAAUAGUAGUAACCCAUCAAGCCGAAAAAAUUUGGAUUUACGACCGUACGACCGUACACGGUGCUACUUUUAACAUGCGUGGUCAACUGUACCGCGGGCACACCAACGCCAUGGCUUUGUUCAGUAGUCCAGUGGUCAGUGCACUGGGCUCCGAGUCGGACGACUCGGGUUCUAGUCCUGGCCGGGGCAAGGCGUUGUGCCCUUGAGACGUGCGGGCUCCGCACGAAUGCGAGCUCCGCUCUAAGGCUUGGCUAAAUCAACAUUUUAUCCGAACUUUAUCAUAAAUAUACAUAUGUUCAAAUGGCAACGUUUUGAAAACGAGUUUAUAAUUACAUAUAUGCAUGUGUGUACUUUUAUAUGUGAAGAAAGGUAGUGACAGAGGAAGAGACAGAUGACGGGAAAGAAAUCUGAUAAGGCCACCUGAGCCAAGGAAAAACAGCUUUCAAACAACACUCUGUAUACUUAUAUCGUUCUAGGACCGGAACAAUAUUCUUCUUUAACAUCAAAACUCUCUCCUUAGUCGUUCCUUUUUUGAUGUUUUACUUUUUAUCAAACAAAGCAGAUUCCAAGUUGCCGCGCAUCUGUUUGGUGAUGGAUAAAAAUAAAACUUUAGUAGUAUUGAGCACAUCAAUGAUCCGUUUCUUUAUUCUUACACAUUUUGGCGUCAUUAAUGAUCUAUAAGUAUAAUUAAUCAAAUACAUGGCAAAGGGGUAACUAUUUGUAACAAAACAAAUUUUUAGGUGAUUAGAAACACUUUGUUGGCAUAGGUUACAAUAAUAUUGUUAAAAAUCACAUGAAUAAAACGUUUUACGUGAUUUCAGGAGGCUGUAAACGUGUUUGAAAACUUCAUCGUCAGUCUUGAAAACAUGACAAAAUUUCAUGAAGGCCAGUUCACCAUAGACGAGUUUCAAAGAGGAAGAGAGUCCAUCUUUAAUGUGGCUGUCGCCUUCGAGAAAUUUGCUCUUAAUUAUGGCAAGCAUCACCUUCCAAUAAAGAUUGUAAGCCACAAAAUGGGUGAGUUAAAACACCACCUUUUUAUCAGAUUUGUGAUAAUCUUCUUCGUCGAUGCUUAUUCACGGUCUCAGUGACUGACACUUUAUCUCCUAGAUAGGAUAAUGACUUUUACAUCUGGGCUGGAUUGCUCUAAGCUGGGUUUAGAUAGCCGAGGAGUAGUGUGAAAACUGAUUUCAGAUGUGAAAGCUAUAAAAGAGAAUUCAGCAUAAUUCUAUUGGACUAUUGACUAUAAUCUUGAUGAUUACUGGACUCUUUAAAAACAAUGAAGACAAUUAUCUCAAAAAAGCUUUGAACGAAAGAAUCAGAAACUCGGAUAAGAAUUUAACCUUGGGUGAGCGCCAGUUGGCCUCAGAACAACUGAGUGGGUCCCGAGUCAUUUACAAACGCUUAUGUUGGAUGUUGUCUGUCUCUUAAUUCUUCAAUUAGUCACAUUUUUGAUCGUAUUAUCCAUAAGCAGGAAGUCAAUUUUUUUGUCCGACAGUGCUGGAAGUCUAAAAGGCUUACCGCCAAAAUACAAGUGACUUUUACUUCGACGUACACGAAUGGCAAACGAACAUUAAUAUUGCCUCUUCGAAUUUUGCAGAUAACGGUUUGUAUUACCUGUCGUCUUCAGUCUGAAAAAAUUUAUAUUUUUUUAAACAGCGUUGACGUAAUUUCUCAUGAAGGACAGCUCACAAGUUUUCGCAGGCUUUGCUUCCAAAACCAACACUCAUAGGGUUUAUUUCUUUUAUAGCCUGAAGGAAAUACAUAGAUUUAUCUUUUUCAGGAUCAGUGGUCGUCGGGUGCGUAUAUAAGAAUCUGCAAGACAUACUGCCGAAAAGUCAACCCAGCAGGAAUGAAACAGGAAGCACAAGGUAACAAUACUGUCUUCUUUGUAUUCAAAACACCUGGCCCUGGUUGUUCGAAGGGUGAUUAACGCUAUUCACUGGAUAAUUCGCUAUCCAGCAGAUAGAACGAAACAUUUUGUUAACACUUAUCUGCUGGAUACCGUCGACUGGCGUUAUCUUCCCUACGUAGAGAACAUCGGCUAAAAUGUGCAAAUCGUUUGGUAUCGUCACCACCGCUACCAUUCUUUUAAACCAUCAUAUUUGUGUCACAUUCUGGUUCAUUUUCAAAUCAUUUUGUACACAGAUAUUUGGGUAGCAGAAUAAUAAUGACAGCAAUGGAACCUAAACCAAAAAAAUUGCUGGAAAAUGUCGUCUUAAAGUUCAAAAACAUAAAGGUAAGCAAGAUUAAGUCAGAUGAAAGUAAAGAAAGAUUGUUUGGAAUGCGCUGUUUUUAUUUCAUCUAACCGCAAUGAUUUUAUUUUCAGAUUGAAGAAAGGGUGAAGAAUUGUAUGUUUUGGAGAGGCUUCAGCGAUAGGUAAAAAAUUGCAAUACAUCAUCUACUUUUCUUAGAAUUUUCUUGUUCGUUUGGUCGUCCGUUUGCCUCUAUGUUCCCGCCAAUAUUUUCCGUGAGUUUUCUUGGAGUCCAGUUGCUUGUUGCUGUAUUUGCGAAUGUCCUCUUAUUUUCCGGUUGUCGUGGGAGACACUUAGCUAGAAUUGGUAUGUUUCAUUAUUUUUUUCCUUAAUUUAUCAUUAAUUUUCCCUCAUAAUUUGUCCUAAUGAGAUUAUUUUCUCUAUUAAAAUAAUUUUUGCAAGCUAUAAUCCUUCUAUCUACGACAACUUCUGUCUAAAAAUUUGGAAUAUACCCAAUCAAAGUUUGAAUCUAUGCCUAACAAGGAAGUAUUAUAAAUAGUUUCCGCCUUGACUUAUUAAAACUAAUAAUGAACUGCUAAUAAUGUAAUCGAUAUUAUGAAAUCAAAAGGGUUUUGAUGAAAUUCGCUCUUUUGGUACCAUGAAAGGUUAUUUCCUACACUACGUCUUGCCUGCUGAGGUUAUUUCUUCUUUGCAGCUCCGACGGAUUUUCAGACGAAGGAUGCCAUGUAGUUACGUCGAGAAGCAAUUCAGAAGAAACAGUUUGUAGCUGCAAUCAUUUGACUCAUUUUGCUGUAUUAUUUGAUUACAACGAUGGCACAAAGGUAACCAAUUAUAUGUAUGUUCUUCUUCCAGCACUGGUGAUACAUGUAAAUUAAUUGAGCUAAUUUGCGUGUCUCUAUUUUCUUUUUUAUGCUAUGUGACGCAGCUUUCCAAACAGGACGAGACUGUGUUGAAGACAAUUACCUACAUAGGAUUAAGCUUGUCGAUCAUCGGGAUGCUUAUAACAUCAGCCUUGUACUUUUUCUUUACGUAAGUAUGGUGGUUAAAUAAUCGAUGAUGUACACAUUCUCAUGUCUUCUUCUACUUACUAUCGAUUGUAAUUUCUCAACAAAGGAAAAAAAAACAAGGAAUAAACGUAACUUUAAGUUAUCCAAAAUGUUCCUUUUAAUUUCUCCGAAACUGAGGUAAAGUAAGUCGAUUAAAUUACCAAUUUACAUCAGAUUUCAUGUUCAAUUAGAAGAGCAUUAACGAUGCAUGGUCUCUUUCCUCGGUCCUUAUUGUUUUCUUAUUCUAUACCAACUUGGCUUUUUAUUUUCCUUUUGAUUCUGAAGCUUUUGAUUGAUUUUUUUUGGUGUUUGUCUUGAUUUGUUUGUUUUUCUUUUUUUUUCUUAAUUUUUCAUUUGAAUUAUUUUUGUUUUGAUUAUGUUUUUUUUUUUUUUAAACCCAUGUUUGGUCUUUGUUUUUGCUUUCUUUUUUCGUCAUCUUUCAUUUGACCAGAGACGUCCGUCAACCUUUGUCUCAAAUUCGAUUGAGUCUUUCUGUGUCCCUCGGAGUUGGACAGCUAAUUUUUCUCGAAGGAGUAAACGCCACAGAACACACGGUGAGAGGCUUUUCCGGUCUGUUAAUUUAAUUAAUCAAAUCUUUCUGCUCUAAAUAUUUUUAGAAAAUAGCACAGAAAGACACAAAACAUAUUUCCUUUUGCAGGCUGCUUGUAUCGCAGUAGCAGCUCUGAUGCAGUAUUUUCUGACGGCUGCCUUUUGCUGGAUGUUGGUCGAGGGAAUCUACCUCUACCUGUUCGUUGUGAAAGUUUACAACAUCAACACCAAGAUGCACAUGUAUCACGUCAUCUCAUGGGGUAUUUCCAUUAUUAAUUUUACCACAACAUAUAUUGGAAGUUACACCAUGCUCCCAUAUUUGGUGUUGUCAUCAAGUCAAGUGCUUUGAAUUAAUUUUUUUGUAUUUAUGAUUAGGUCUCCCUAUGAUCAUUAUGGCUAUUUCACUUGGCAUUGCUGCUGCGAAAGAAGGAAUACAAAGCUAUAUCAGUGAUAAAUAGUAAGAAACACAUCAAUAGGUUACUUUUUACCUUUCUUCUCUCUCCCGCGCACUAUCAAGUUAAGUUCGUUUUAAUUUUCUUGUUCCGUUUUUCCUUGGAUUUUUUUUAUUCAUUCUGAUGACUUUCAUUCUUGUUUUUCAAUUCUCCUAGUUGUUGGGUGUCUUCGACUAACAAUCUGAUCUGGAUAUUCGUCUCCUUUGUAACGUUCAUCGAAGUUGUGAGUUUAUGAUAAAUUCAUUUCACGGUGCUUGGUUUACCAAACUAGUUACCUCCAGAGACUUUUGUUGUUUUGUUGUUUCACCUUUUUCAGCGUUGAAUACCAAGAUGUGUUUUCUAGGCAAAAAAGUACCACAUUGCACAACACUAAAAAAGAGGAUGGGAACAGGAUUAGAAGGAGAUAUCAAAUUUGACUGUAGCUACGUUGAGCGUAAUUGAUUCUGUUAAGAAAGUUUUAUUCGCGGAAUCAGCUCAGUGGUCGAGGAUCCGGGUGCAAGGGUCGGGAUUUCUAUACCCCGUAAUGGAAUCAUUAUUUUUUUUUUUCCGACCUAUACUAAACGAAUAACUUCUAUAGUAAGACUGUCUUGGCUUCUCGAGUACCACAUCCAGAAACUUAAUUCAGUGAUUUAAAUGGAAUUUCUUUUUAGCUCAACAUCUUGAUACUCGUACGAGUCAUAAAGGAGAUGACCAAUUUGGUGCAGCCAACAGGUGAAGACGACCAUAUUCAGCAAAUACGGUAGGAUUCACAACAUGAAAUUAUUCAAAAUAAUAAAAACAAAUUGCCUUGUCAAACUGUACGGCGACAAUCGCCUGGCUCCCUCAUUCCUUGACCAGUUUGCCUUUACGAUACCUGUUAAUGAGACUGCGAAAAAAAAAAUAUCAACUCAGUCUUUUACAUGUCUCUUCAAUUUGUUGUCGAUCUCAGAAUUGGUAUCAAAGCUUGCGCACUGAUGAUUCCUUUACUGGGUGUCACGUGGCUAUUUGGUCUUCUUUCACCUGUGCAAAAGGCUUUCGCUUACAUUUUCACAAUACUCAACUCUACUCAGGUGAGUGUCCGAUUGAAACUCUUAAUCUUAAUCAAUCUAGAUUGUUCAAUUUACACAGCUCUAACCAAAGAGAGAAGCCUUUGCAAUGAUUAGAUGAUUUUUAAAAAAAAUUUAAAAACCUGUUAACUAUUCAUUUGACCCGAAAUAUAUUCGUAGCAGUCUUAUUAGACUUAUUAGAUAUUGAUUUUUGAAGACGAUUAUUAUAUGCCUUGUGCACUGAGAUACCCAAACAACGCACGCUCCGCCGCUUCCUACUUAGGUGGAAUAUUGUAAAAAAAUAAUCUUCAAAUUGUUUCUGCAACAGGGUUUCCUGAUUUUCGUUCUACACGGCUUACGAAACAGUCAGGUAAGAAAAGAAAACUGAGUCAAUAAUAAGUAAAGUGCAUAUUAUAGCACAAAUGUUUAAGCAUGAAUAACUAUUUGAAUGAAAUUUGAAAGAAAUGUAUCGUUUGUUGCUUGUCUAUCUGUAGAUCAGAGAGCGAUUGAAAAGAAAGAUGAACGGGGUUUUUACCACUUCAAUUAAGGAGGACUCCACAAGGAAGAGCCCACAGGUCAAUUUAAGUGACGUCGGCGAUGCACGGGCAGUUGAAUUGCAGCCUCGCAGUGACAUUAAACCGAAUUAACACUCUACUUAAGUCAAUGGAUUUAACUGUUCGCCAAUAACAUUCUAUUGCAUUGAACGAUUGUGUAGUAAAUAGCGAUUAGUCAAUGGCGAUCGAUCUGAGUUUCAAUCUGCUGUUAAAAUGUCACGUAGUAAAAGUAAAUUGACAUUAGGUGCAUUAUGCAUUAUGUAAGUCGUUAGUUUUUAGUUAGUAUGACGGAUGUAGAGCUACCGAGUAGAAAUACUGUCAAUAAAUUGUCAUUAUUAUUAUCAUUAUUUUAUUACUAUUAAGUGAGAUCGUUCUCUUGUUUAUUGUUUUAGCAAUUUACAAGCUGCAAGUGCUAUCUUUUAUCUUAACGACUUUUCCAGAACAUCGCAUACAUGUACUUGCUUAAGAAUUUUUGUUAGCUACAUGCUAAGUUGCGCGCACUAAGGAUCAAAUGAUCGUAACUACAGGUUGGUCUGGCUCGUCUGUUAUUAAGUGACUUUCAUUAAAGAUUAAAUCUACUUUAGAAGUUCAAUGAACUCAUGGAAUGAACUGAGUUAUUACAAAUUCUUCUGCCUCCUUUCAAUCCUCGUGCGCUACAUUUUAACGUUUGCUAGAUGAUGCUUUUACGUUUCAUAUCGGAGAGGAUACUUGUCAAAUAGUAUCUUGUAACUGUAAUAUUAGCAGCCUCGUCCAACAUCUAAUGUUAUUACUCAUGAAUAAACAGAUGAAUAGAUAGAUGAUGCUGAGUUAAUGCAUAAAUAACUAUGUUAAAAAAGAAAGAAAUUCUAAGAGAUUACAUAUUUUAACCCUUCAAUGACUAAGAUCUCAUUUUUAAUCCUCCUCACUGUCUGCCAUACAAUUCUCAGGUGCUACUUCUGAGAAAUUGGUACUGGAUCAACUAGAAAAUCCUCAAACUCUAAUUUUUCCCUAUGCUCAUAACCUAUCUGAUCGAUAUUGUAUUAAUACCGUAAGGAGAAAUUCUGUGUUGGUCACUCAUGGAAGUUAAAGGAUUAAGGAUCACUUGAAUUUUUCGAUAUUUAUUCUCCACAUUCCUUAGAUAAGUAUUUCUAUUUCGAAUCGUAAAUGUAUCGAUGAGUUCUGAUAUUUAAAAUUGGAACUAUGAUAACCAAAAUUGGAGAAAGCUUAAUUUAACAGCGAUCGAAGAAAAAUCGCACACAGUAGACAAUUUAAAGGAACAAAGUGCAGUAAUAGAUAUGUUAGGUAAUUUGUCUUAAAACCUGCUAAUGCAUCUCCCCAAAUUAGUGCAUUUCUUGUUCUUGUAAACACUUCUUGAACAAUAUUAUGGUUUUGACAUGUGACUAAAAAAAAUAAAAUCGGAUAAAGAUAUCAUACGUACAUUUCUUCCCCUACUUUCAAAGGGGUAUAGAGAAGUGUGCAUCAUAGGAAUUGACGCAAUCACAGCGUAUGUUACAACUAAAGUAUUAUCUUUGUUAGAAAGACAAAUUGCAAAAAUUUAUCCUUCAAGCUUUACUUUUUCCUUAAUGGGCGUCGAGCACUGCUAAGAGAUUAAGAGAUAUUUGAGCAGUCUUUUUCCAGCUCAGUUUAUGACGCAACGUGAUAAGUACGAACGCCUUGCAUAAGCUCAGCUAAUGUAAACACGACAAAACAAUCGACAACAUUCUAUUAUUAGGUCAUACCUGUUUAUAAAUUAGCAUAUAAGGCUACUUCUUCAGAAGAGAGUAAACAAAGGAAAUGAUUCUGAAAUGCACGGAAUUAUUCCUCUACACCGGUCAAAUGUGAUAGGUAUAAACGCUUCAAGGGGCGACUGACUCAAUGAAUUGCGGAUGAGACUAAGAACUAUUUGAGGAUCACCUUGCAAUUAUAUUAUGGGAGAGCACUAUAGAUGGGGAUGAAGAGGCACUUGAAAAAGGGAUUUUCCUCCUCACAGGACACACAUGGCAAUGACUGGGCGUAGACUGGAACUUAGACCUGAAUGGAAAAGGUUAGCAUCCAAAGAGAUGGACUCAGAAGCGAUGGUCUUCAUGGCGCUUUUACCGUAUAAGGGGGGAAGGGUGGGGGGAGGGAUUUGUUUUGCAAACUGAGAGCUUGAGUAUUAGUCGUGAGGCGCCGUUGGUUUUCUGUCCAAUUGACGAUCAACCCUAUUAAAGUUAUAUUUAACUCACGCUUUAAGAAGGCAUCCUUUGACUUGAGGUUUUCCACGUGUGCGAAAAAUUAAUGACAUACGAGGUUAGACCCACCAACUAAUACGGCAGUAUUUCAUCUGCGAGUUGAAAUCUAAGAAGUAAUUUUCGUUUAUUUGGACGAACAGAUGGGACACACACAUCGGCCACCGGUGAGUAAUACAGCAUUUUCGUAAACUUUGAAAAUAAUAAAAGUGUUUUUGUCCCGUUAAAUUCUCGAUCUUAGAAAGAAAACCAAUGCUUUACACCUGGUGCAAGUUUCUUUCCGUUUAUUGGUCUAUCUAUUGAAAAAAGUGAAAAAAAAAUGAUGACUCGUGUCAUGAGCUGUCGACCGAGUGUUAUCAUUUGCAUUUAUUCUAACUCCUACUAAAGAAAUUUCCUUUCAUUUACCGCGCCCAAAUACAGUAACUUUUGUCUGCCGACAGCUGCUCGUGGCAACUUGUACAUUUCUGGGGCUUGAUGAACAGUGAAACUGAAUCCUGCAAAAUGGCAAAAACCCUUUUUAUAAGUUGUGCGUUUGGUAAGUAUUACCUUUAAUAUUUCUGUCAGUUUAUCAUAAGCAACGAAAGCCAAGCGCUUGACUAUCAUUUGCAAAAGAUUCGACUUAUCAACUUUCUGCGACACGCGGGCAAAUCUAUUAAAAAUCUAAUUCAUGUUGUGUUUAUUAGGUAUUCUAAUACAGAAUGUUCCAAGCUCUACAAAUAUAUGCUAUAGGCUUCCAGAUUAUCUCCAAAAUAAACGGAUUUUUAGCAUUAGUUUUCAGGCCCCGGUUGUUCAAAGGAUGGAUAACUUCUUAUCCGCUGGAUAAAUCGCUAUCCUGCGGAUAAAUUUUACCCAUGGCUUCAUAUCGGUUGUUCAAAGUAUGGAUAUCGCUAUCCACUCGCUAUCCAACGGAUAAAUUUAUACAUGGUUAGGCAGGUAGUAUAAAUUUUUAUCCACCGGAAAAAAAAAAAAAAAAAAAAUGGCCGCUCGACGGUUACAUCUUCUUCGGUGUAACUUGCCCGACAAUCAACGUCGUAGAAAGAGAAGAAUUUUUCGCUGCCAGCUCGAUCCCUUAGAGUCUUACACUGACUCUGAAUUGAGAUCCAGGUAUCGUUUUGGACGAGAAGCAAUAAAAUAUACCAUUGCUGCAUAUAAUUUGUACAACAUGUAUGAACCCUUUUAAUUCAUAAGUUUCUGUUAGCAGUUCUACCAUAAAGUGGUAUGCAGUUCUUGCAAAUUGCUCAAGAAAAUUUGAUGCAAUACUCCUUUUCAUUUAGACAAUAUAUUUAUUGAAAUAAACGGGAAUUAUUUUCAUUUAAAAAAACUAUUUGUUGUCAAGAACCUCUUUAAUGGAGAAUUUCUGAUAAGCAGGUUAUAGCACAAUUGUAAUGCGAACCGUCUAGGAAACUAUUUUUGAAUAAAAAAACUGAGGGAACUAGACACUUGAAGCAGUGUUUGUUCACAGCACUAACAAAAUGGAAGAAAAUGACCAGUAGUGAGUCGAAAUGUUUUAAAAGUUGAGGUUUUUUUUAAUCUAGAAGCCAGGAUAAAAAAGGCAACUUGGCUCUUCUCGAUCGAUUUAUUUAAAGAAAGGGUUCAUUGAAUUUUAGGAACGCAGGCAAAUUACAAGGAUUGUCUUUUUUCUUAUUACACCCUAUCAUCAUUGAACAAUCUUUACUUAACUUUCUACAAAUUAUAGUUCUAUAGCAUCAUCCUUUCCUGGGUCUAACACUGGCCGUAAUGUUUUAGUUCGGCCGCUCGCGACCGUACGCUUCUUUACAAAAAUUACAUUUUUAUCGAGUUACAGGCUAUUUUUUCGCCCCAAAAAAUUAUAAAUAAAGCAAACUCUUCAAAAGAAGGAAAGAUAAUCAGUUGUCUUGCAUCAUAUUAAAACAAAGUACUGCAGACAUAUGCAUAUUCAGCACGUUGCGGGUUAAACCGAAAUAUUACCACAACCUCAACCAAUUUGUAAACAUUACCACGCGUUAACAGAAUCGAUGCCGCCCAAAAUGCCGCUGAAAGACGGGUCUGUUUCAAAUGGCUCGACAAUUUUUCCCGUUGUAGCCUUUAAGGCAUCUGGUUUCUUUCCACCCCUGGUCUUCUUUCUUGCAGUAGAACGUUUGCUAUUUUCUUUAUUUGCUCCUCUGACCAUUUCUCUCCACUUUUCCUUCACUUCCAUGAUAGUUCUUUUUCGCAACUCCGGGCGCAUUGGCUUUUUCAGUUAUUAACUCCCAUACCUGACUUUUAUUUUUGUUUGAAAGUGUCGUGGAAAAUUUACUAUUGGUGAUUUUGAUAUUUUCUUCCACUUGUUCGAAAAUAACUGCACAUUCGACUGGUGUAAAGUUUGGUUUUCUGGCGCACUUUGCUGGGGAAGGAACAACAUUUUCUGCCACAUUGUCUCGCAAUUAGCACGCGCAAGCGAAAAGAUCACGCAACGCCUGAGUUAUCACCUUGGCAAAUGCCUGGAGAGCGAAUUAACCAUCGGAUAGUUAUACGCUUCGCUAUCCGUGCUUUAUGCAACAACUUUUUAUCCGCUGGAUAACUAUCCAGUGGAUAGUCUUCUUAUAUACCGGAUAAGCUUAUCCAGUGGAUAAAUUUAUUCAUCCUUUGAUCAAACGGGGCCGGGUGUUUAUCCACUUUCCGUUCAAUGCAAAAUUAUUGAAAAAAAGUAAGCCAGAAUGGCACAUUCGUGCGGCAGUCAUAGUAAUUUUUGAUUUAGACGUCAUGGCGGUGUGUCAAACAGCAUCAAUUAGGAUCAUGCGACAAAAGAUUUUUGCUGUUAUCCUGUCUUUGCUAAACGGCUUAUGAAACCGUUCGCUUUCAAUAAUUUUUUUGUAAUUUUUUCUUCUGGCGAGCGAACGUUAUAACUUGGUUCAAUCAGAAUUCGAAUAAGUUUAAACAGAUGCAAAAUUUAACAACAGUUUAACUCGGAGUUUGGAUAUAAUUGGAGUGGUACAUGUGUUUUUUCAUCUACCUGCCUAAAACAUCUGACUCAUGUUUUUAUUCUGACUUUGAGGCAAAUUAAUAACUUGGUGGACUACUUCCAUUCUUUUUUAACGCUGAAACAUCAUUUACAUCUAUUUAGAUCGAUAAAACGAUGAUCAGUAGAAGCUGAUUAGUUAAAGCUACGUACAAUCACUCAUAUUUAAUGAAAAGUUUUUUUGAGUUUCCAACAAAAAAUUGGUGACAAAAAGGAACAAGGUUUCGACCUCACCGGCCUUUUUUUUUUUUUUUUUUUAGUCCUUUUUAAUUACAAAAAUUAACAUAUGAAUAUGACAGUUAAAAAAAAAAACGGACGAGAAAGUAACAAGCAUUUAAGAUAUGUUAAAAAUUAUAUAAUUACAACUAUUAAAAGCAAAUUGAUAUUCAUUCAUAUCCAAUGACACACACCUACACAAACAGUCAAAUUUUGGCCUAACAUUUUGAGGCUCCUAUAAUAGAUAGGCGCUACAGUCAUAUCUUUUGUUUGACACCGAAUGUAAUGAAUUAAAAUUGGGUUAUAAUUGAAGUGUCCCUUCCUGUCACAUGUAGUAGAUUAGGAAUUAAAAAUUGUCAAUUUGUACACAAAAAAUAGAACCACUACCGCAUCGCGGCUAACAAGGCAAAUCUCUAUUAAAGUUCGGAAAUAACGCGCGCUUUCUUUGGUUGAUUUUUUGAUCGUGGGCAUCCACACUUCUGGAAUUUCUAUUCCACUAUCCCUGUUGAUGUUGUUAGGGUGAAGUCUUAUGUGAAUUGUCUCCUUGACCCUGCGAUCGAUCGAGACAUUCGACUCGCCCGUACCGAGACCUCCGCCGUUUCAGAGCAUUCCCACAACAACGGACACAAGCCGCUCUGGAACGAAGUAAAGUUUAUUGAUCGUGGCCCUUAUUACUACACGCGCAGGGUCAAAGAGGCAAUUCACAUAAGACUUCACCUUAACAACAUCAACAGGGAUAGUGGAAUAGAAAUUCCAGAAGCGUGGAUGCCCAUGAUCAAAAAACACAACAACAGGAGAGCCGUGUGACAGCGGACCGCCGAGGUAGCAAACCACUGAUCAGCAAGGAUCGAAAUGCACCAAUCAGAGCUGUUGAAAAACAACUAAUCACGGCAGAGCAUCAUGCUUUAUAAUAUCACGCAUGACCAGUCGACCUCAUCGCCUAAAGAAGACUAACAGUAUGCAGUCGAAACGUCGCGAUCUACAUCACACGUGACUACAUCGUGAGACAAACGAAAAACUUAGCUUUUAUGGUUAUUCACCACGAUGAAUAACCACAACCUUUUCUACAAAACAUAACUGACAUAACAAAAGUAGUCAGUGGCAUAACUGUCAAAAUUCAUCAUAAAUUAUGACGGUAUCAGAGCGACCACGACCAUUCUUAGGUUCAUUGCAGCUUGCUCAUCAUGGCGUUCUCCGGUCAUUGCAGUGAAGCAAGCCUCAGAAAUAACAUUAGCCGCCCUUCGAGGGAAAGAAUAAGAGCUUGCUUUGAUAUCCUUUUGGUUGCGUUGAGUGGAAGUCACAGCAGCCGAGUUUUACGGCUCUGUCCCGAGCAAUCUUCAUGUUCCUGUGAUUUCGGCUGUCGUCGGUUCAUUAAUAAAACGGAUGCCUUAAGCAGUUCGUUUUCUAAUUGUCAUAUGUAAAAAUUUUGGUGUUUUAGUGAGUCACAAUUCGGCCGGAUUUCACCAAAUAUUUCAACUUCAGACUGUGCCUGAGGACUGAAGAACCUUAGGCGUGUCAAACUCAACCUCCCGAGGUAUUUUAGUUUGUGAAUCAUUGCAGCUUGUGAACUUUGAUGGCCUAACAUUUUUAAUGGCUUUAAACUAGUUCAACCAGUCAGAUUAUUUGAACCAUUCUAACAAGGAUUGUGAUUGGCUUAUUUCAGCGUGCUUUAUGAGAGUAUAGAGCAAGUUGACGGCACUGUUGUUCCCUAUGAAGUCUAUUUCUGUUUUGAAAAUUGAAAGUAACGCGUGGGGAAUUUAACGGACUCGUUAUUACAAAACAAGUAGGGAAGCCUUGAAUGUGCGCUGUUCUGUAGUAAAGCAGUUAGGAAGUGGCUAGAGCGCUCAAGAAGUGGAGAGAAACACGACUAGAAAUUCUCAUCAGUUUAUUGUCGUGCCUUUCUCAAUGUGAAUUUCCAUAGAUGACCACGAAUAACAGACAACUUCAGUCAUUUUAAUCAAUAAAUUGAAUGCGUCAAAGAAAUACUCUGUAGACGUGCGCCUCCUCCAACUUCGGCAAUUGCGAUACAAAUAGGUGACUCUGAUGAUAUGAAAAGUAUAUUUCCGUGAAAGUAAGAAACUAAAUUUAUUUUUUACAUUCGUACUUCAGCUAUCCAGACUUUGAUGAUGCAAUCCGUGAGAGCAGGUAGGGCUGUGAUUACUUUUGGUAUGUAAGUGUGAGCUAAAAUAAAAUUUGGCCCAAAAAGGGGGAGGUUGUGAUUCUGUUACAUUGAUAAGUCGUUGAACUGACAUGGAACAAAGCUGCAUCUUAAACUAUAGAACCGCCACCAAGGUUAAUGAGGGUUACUAAGGUGAAAACGGUUUGAAAUUGUACUUUAACACGAGAUAACGAGCUUAUUUUGAACUAGUGAAAGGUUCAUAACACAUAUACGAGACACAGACACUUAGUUAAAAUGUCUCUAUAUUCUACUAUAUACAUAUACGUAAAAACAUAUGAAGUAAAGUGACUACAUUGAUCUCAUGCUUUCAAGAAUUCGUUUUCAAAUGCUAUUUUAUGUUCUCUCCUGUAAUCUACAGACAGCGAACAUGCUUGUUUUGAAAGUUCCUGCUAUAAAUUUAAUCUCACGCAUAAAACAUGGGACGAGAGCAGAAGGACUUGCAAGGACCACCUUGGUGGUGAUUUAGUUUCCAUUGAAACCGAAGAAGAAUGGGACUUUAUUAGUGAUAAGAUUCAAAACCGCACUGAACACCGGUGGCACAUCGGUUUGGUAAAAGAGAACGGGGGUUGGUACUGGGUGAGUGGAAGACCACUGACUAUUUGUAAAUCGGGAGAACCAAGUUGGGGCAGAAGUAAGGGCAUGUUAGCCAAGAAUGAGCAACAGGGCCACCUUGCAAGUCAAGUCCCUCCCAGCAAAAAUGUUCCGACUUUGCCAUUUAUUUGUGAAAUACCAAAAGGUAAGACCACAUUAAAUCUAUAUACUACACUGUAAAAACAAGGGCGCGUAGGGAAAGGUUCAUCACGCCAUAGGAGAGACAGCUAUACAUGUUCAGGUGUAAGUGUUAAAUGCGUGAGAGAAACCCGGUUUUUCUUUUGUUUCCCAAACGUGAAGGAAAUUUACUUUGGUCAAUUGAUGGACAAAGGUAUAAACAAAUGCUUGAGUUAUUGUUGAAUAUCAUGGUAUUGCUGCUCAGCAUGGACCAAUUCCUACCAUUAUUAUAUUUUUUUGAAACAUAAGCCUGUCUAGACGUUUAUCUCGUGAAACAGCCGGAGUGCGAUAGUUGACAACGCAAUAGUAGCGGCAGAGCGAAAAAAGAGGGAGGUCUGGACUCGGUCGCGCGACGAAAGCGUUCGAUACGCAAGAUGACCCAAAUGUUUUGAUCCACAGCGACUUUCCUGACGUUUACUAUCGAGCUUCGUUAUAAUAAUUGAAAACCAGGACCAAUCUAUUGAAAUAUUGUCUUGCAUCUUUUUCAGCUAUUGGGGAAAACUCUUCCCAGAUCAAUUAUCAAGACUACGUUGAAAUACCUUGCACAUUAGAAUAUGGCAAGAAGAGAUGGAUGCAGAAUUGCAAUUUCACUGAUGGCAAAUGCAAUCUUAAUUGUUCCGUAACCUUCUGCAAGAAUGGGCAAAAUCACAAGUCCAAGCCCUGCGAACAGUAUUGUAGUCAGACGUAUAGCCCAUUGGUAUAUCAAUGCAUUCAAACGGGAUACAAAGGGAAUAUCAUUUUUAAGACGUGCAAGGCUACAAAAUUUAACCUUACAAUCGGCGAACAGCAUUUUUUUACCAAAAAGACCUGCUAUUGUGAAGAUGAUGAGUGUUAUACAGAAUGCAACAAGAUAAAGUGCACGCGAACCUGCAGAGAAAAAAAAACUGGUGAGUGCCUAAUCAAUCUAACUGGCGACCGAAGCUCUCUAUAAAAGAGUAUGAUGCUUUUCAAUAAGUUAUACAUCGGCGAAACAGGAAGACGACUGGGUGACCGAUUCCGAGAACACCUUCGCGAUGUGGAAAGAAAUGACAAGGACGCAUCCAAACCAGUCGCUAGACACUUUAAUCUUCCUUAUCAUUCUAAACAGCAUAUGGCAGUUUGCGGCCUUUCCUUACAUCUAGGCAGUUCGGAAAGCUGUAAAACACUAGAACAAAAAUUUAUAUUCCAAAUCGGCACCCUUAAUCCCCACGGAAUCAACGAGCGCUUUUCAUUCAACUAAUUUAUUCCUGUUUUCUCGUCACCACACUCCCACCGAUGGCGUAGCUCCACUUCCAACAUAUAAAUCCACACACAACCCACAAUUCCUCUAAUCGCUCUGACGAAGGGCUAACGCUCGAAACGUCAGCUUUUUUACCCUUUACGGUGGCUAAUUUACGUUUUCAACCCAGUUGUUAACACUAAAUUACCUGAUGCUUUUCAUGUUUAGUAAUCGGAAGGCAAUAUGUGAAUUGAAAGAUUAAACGAUGCGUUUCGUGUACAAGUUAGUGGUUCUACAACAAUCGUUUAAUUAAGCAAAACAUGACUAUCACCCCAAAGCAUACGGCUUUGCUGUGGUUAAUCCAAAAAUCUAAUUGUCCUGUGAUGUAUUUAUGUAACCAUCAUUAAUUUCUUUAUUUAUUUUCAAACGUUUGCCUUGAACCGCACUUGGGAAAAGUGUUCUACUUUUCUGAGAUAAAAUACCACGGAAAUACGUAAUCGCAACCGAAAGGAGUAGAGUCGCACCAGUGAGAGGAAAUUGCCAGUGUUUUCACACAAUGAGAACUGAAGUAGACUCGAAACUAGAGCUCAUGUUCACAGCUCGGAAGAAAAGAUACGCGUCCUGUGGAUGAGAUUUUCCAUAAUAUAACUGACGACCAUCCAUAUCUUAAGCGCAAAGAUUUAGAAAGUUCUCUUUUUUUCUCCAAGGUUCACUUACAAGCGUUGACAGUCACCGCUGGGAUUUCUUUUGUUUAACUUGACUCUUUUCAAAUCUACCUGCCCCACCCAAGCACUAAGGUGCUUCUGAUGUUUUCUACGAUUUGAAAUUAAUCUUUUUUUAAUUGCAAAAAUUAGAGCCGCGCUUGGAAAUUUCCUUCGACGACAGGUUUCAACCGUAAAGUAAACAUAAUUUGGAAAACUUGUCCCAAGUGCGACCCUUCCCUCACAUAUCAAAUUUCUUAGAGUGUUACGGCUUAAAAAAAACCGUUGUAACACGAAAACUAAAUACGGUAGAAGGCUAGAGUCACCUUUUCACUUACUUUUCACUAAAGUUGUUAUAGUUACUAAACAAUUCGAGUUUCACUUUGCGUUGUGCGUUUCUGUUUGCUUGACUGAAAACAUGAACAGUAGUUUUUAACCUGUAAACUUAAAUUCAAGCAAAGAAGUUUCUAGUGGUCAUUACAACAGAAGAUCAGAUAGAUGCUUGCUUUUAUGUGAAUCCUCUCACAACUGACAUAUUUCAAGGCCUGGACAAGGAGCUUCCUGAUCAUUUUCUCUCGUUAUGCCUUAAUUAACAAAUCCAUCAAAUUAUUCAAAUAAAAACGCUGAAUCAAAUAUUUUCCACAUAGACGAUCUCGGUUAAGCUAAAAAAAUUUAAAAAAGGCAGUAAAUCGGAAACAGUUCGAGACGAAAUAAGAAAUGAAUACGUCAUAUUCGGUGGUUUGGCAAUUAAUACACGCGCAAAUUUUGCGAUUUACGGGGUAUUUUCCAAUCCCCAUGGAGGCGAGCUGUUAUGACAAAAAGUGGGCAAAUGUGUACUCAUAUUAUAUGUUUAACCACUGAUUAAGGAAUGUUUUUUUUCACCAUUAUUUCAUUUACUAAUAUUUUUGUAUCAAGUUUUCUAAAAACAUCGUGUAGCCCUAUCUGAACAUUGAUCUUUCAAGUCGUGUGCGAAAGACCAAAAUUAUGCAAAGAAAACAAUAAGAGUGUUCUGCUUAACCAAUCAAAAAUCGAGUGCAUUUAGGAAUUUUUAACGUUCAUAGCGGCCAUUUCCUUACUCCGCUUAAAGUCGGCAUUCUUGCCCAUUUUUUUUAGUAUGAGGUAGUCUUGAUUAACAUUUUCUUUAAAGAUUCAUCACUUACAACCUCGCCAUCGCCGUCGCCGUCGCCGUCGCCAGUUCAGCUGCUGGUAUGUUUCCUAAAUAGUCAUUUAGCCUUUUUAUGCAUGUUCUUUUUCAGGAUCUUCUCUGUUUACAAAUGUGACAGACAUUUUUAUUCUAGGCAAAGGAUUAUGUUUCAAAAUUUGGCAGAAUAAAUAUUACCGGAAGGACUUCCAUACAGGUAUGUAAUUUUCAUAACUUUUUUUAACUUGGAUGUAUGUCGUUAGACCACAAAAAGUAAAUAUCUGACCUCUGUGGAUAAACAGCCACUAAGCCAUAUGAAGUGAAAAUGAUGAGGCUUACAAAGUAAUCCAGGCUCCUAAAAGUGUUCUCUAGCCAAUGAAUACCCUGGACACCAUUAUGGGCCUCCUACUAGACUUUUUCCGCAUUCUUUAUAUGAAUUGUUGAGACUAACUGGUGAAUGACCUGGAAAUAUUUUAUGUAAUUGUAGGAGGCUGUAACUGUGUUUGAAGAUUGCACCUUAAAAAUCAAGAACGUCACAAAAAAUAAGGCCAGCAUGGAAGACGUUAAAAUACAGAGAAAAUCCAUCUUUGAGGUGGCAGAGGCCGUCGAAAAAUUUGCUCUUAAUUAUAGCAGGCGACACCUGAGUGAAACGAGACCUUCAGUAACGAUCAUUUCCCCAACAAUGGGUGAGAUUUCGGCCUCUAAACCUGUUUAGUUUCAAAGUAUAUUCCUCUGUUUUGUACUGACUUGCUGACUGACCGAAUGGGUUGUUGUAAGCCCAACCUACAUGAAAUGUUAUCGUUGAAUGUCAUCGAUUCAUCUAUUCUUUCAAUUUGUUUAAUACUUUGAUUUUUUGCGGUGAAGAACGAAAUUCAAGGUAUUCUUGAACAAUCAACAAUAGAAAAUCAGAAUCUUUCAAAUUGUGAAACCCUUCUUCUCGCUCUGUUUAUUGAAACUUUUCUUAAAUAAUAGACUGGUGAGUAACACUUUACUAACUGAAAUUGUCAAAUCUUACAAAUACUUUCCGCAUACUUCAUACUAUACACUGAGCUCAAAAUUUGCCUAUCGACUGCGAUGCAUAUACAUAUGAAUUCAAGAUCUUUAACCGUACUCUUAAAAGUUCCUAAUGAACUUUAUAGUUCUCCGACGAAACGGUUUGAAGAACGAAGUGAGUUUUCACAAUUUGGGUCAGUGCAGCACUACUCACUUUUAAUCAGUUUUACAUUGAAAAAACGUUUUAAAAUGGUUGAAAUUGUCGAAUAGUCGUUGAAGGGCAAGUAAGAUACAAAAAAAAAACACUUCCAUUCAAUAAGAUUAUGAAAUAUUUUGUGUACACCGCAAAACGUAAGUUUGUGUAUAUGUGCUAUUGUAAAUUUCACCGUAAGUGCUUUCAUUUGUGAUUGACUGUUUUUUUUUCGACAGUUUUGGACAUUCAAAAAGUCUAUCGCCAGAAUGCGAGUGACUUCCACUUUGAGGAACAACGAUGGCAAGCGAGAAUCGAUAUCGCUUCUUCAAAUUUUGAAGACAAUGGUUCGUAUUAACCAGCGUGUUAACUUUACAACUUUUCAUUACCUUGGUUUCUCCAAUCGAAAUUUCUGUAUUGAAAUAAAUCCUCAUAAAAAUGUGUACACAGUCUAUUUUCUUUAAUCAUACGCCUUCUUUCCAAUUUCACAUACCUCAGAGCCUGAUGAAAAUCUCGAUUUUGUGGGUUUUUUUUAAUUUUUGAUUCUUUGGGUUUUUAAGAAUCAUUGGUAGUUGCAUUUGUGUUCGAGAAUCUGCAUGAACUACUUCUGACAGAUCAAGCCAUCACGAGUGAAACAGACAAUCAAAGGUGACAUUAUUUUCAUAUUACUCCACUUCGUUUACCCCCAAAACACAUUACACGAUAACACAUAAGAUCUAAGUUCAACUAAACUGAACAUACAAAGGCUCCCUGCUUGUCUCUGACCAUUCCACCUUGCUUAAAUCUGCCAAAAGUAUGUAAUAUUGCUUCCUUGGUUCUGGUCCAUUUUCAAAUACAAUUUCUUCAUAGGUAUCUCAACUCCAGGAUAAUGGCCGUAACUAUGGACCCCAAGCCAGAGAAAUUGCGAGAAAAUGUCAUCCUUAAGUUCAAAAACCUGAAGGUAACAUGAAAAUUAGUUGCAGAGCGUUGAUUUGAUUUAUUCUCACGCGAUAAAAUCUAUUUUCAGGUCUUGACAGCAGAGAAGCGUUGUAUGUUUUGGAGUGGCUUAAGCGAAAGGUAAAAAAACUACAAAACACUAUUGUAAAGUAUAUAUUCCUCCUCAAUUAAAUUAAGUACGGAGGAGAAUGAAUAUACUUUCUCAGUCAGAUACUUUUGUGCAGGUUAACGCUUUCGUGAAAGAGAGGAGGAGAAGUCUGAUUGAAAUGUUGUCCCAACUAAGACUUCAAUGGAGGAAAAGCAGCGAAAAAUUAUAAAACAUUACCUCUUACCCAGACAAGAAAUAAUUUUGUGCGCCUCGUUAACUUACCUUUUGUCAUGUGUGACAGCUUUUCAGAGGAAGGAUGCCAUGUGAUUACAUCAAAAAGCAACUCCGAAGAAACAGUUUGCAGUUGCAAUCAUUUGACGCAUUUUGCCGUCUUAAUGGACUACGACGGCAGCACAAAGGCAAUCAAAUAAUUUUUGUCUUACCCAAUAAUUUUAUGGGCUUAAUUAAGUAACUUAAUGUUUUCCUUUCAUUUUCUUUAUCUCUUUCUUUUUUUGUAACAGCUCACCGAGGAGGACGAAAAAAUUCUGAAAACUAUCACUUACGUGGGACUGAGCCUUUCCAUCGUCGGGAUACUUUUAACAUUAAUACUUUAUUCUUGCCUCACGUAAGUAGUGUACCUGAAUAUUAAUUAGGUCAAUCCUUAACUCUCUUCAACUAUGCUGGUGAGAAAAGAGAUCUCAAUACAAGUCUCUAUGCAAAUGAGAACAUGCAUGUCGAAUACUUCACAAAUUUAAACUUCAUUUCACGCCUCAUCAAGAGUUUCUGAACAGCUUAUGGUUUCACGGUUUAUGAAUUUUUUCCUUUUUUGUCCUUUCUGCAGCAAUUUGCUGACUUUUUUUUCCUUUGCUGUUCUUGUUGUCUUCACUUUGUUAUUGUUGUUGCUUUUGUCUUAUUCAUUCUCCUUGUUUUUACUACUAAUUCACCAGAGAUGUUCGUCAACCUCUUUCUCAAAUUCGUCUGAGUGUUUCUACGUCUCUUGGAGUUGGACAGAUCAUCUUCCUCGCCGGAAUGAACGCCACAGAAAACAAAGUCAGUGGCCUCUCCUUCUAUCCAUAGAAUGAGUUUACUCUUUGCAACGUAUAUAUCUUGUCGAAAGGAGCACCACGGGAAUUAUACGAAAACUCUUUCUUUCCACAGGCUGUCUGUGUUACAAUAGCAGCUCUGAUGCAGUAUUUCUUGAUGGCCGCUUUCUGUUGGAUGCUGAUUGAGGGAAUUUAUCUCUACUUCUUCGUUGUGAAAGUUUACAACAUUAACACCAAGAUGUACAUGUAUCACGUCACCUCAUGGGGUGAGUUUAUUAUUUUAAAGCACUGGUAACUGUAACCAUGCUUUCGGAUCGCCAAAUCUGGUGUUGGCAUGCAGUAAAAUGUUUUGAUUUCCUUCCUUUCUUUAUGGUUAGGUCUUCCAGUGAUCAUGGUGGCCAUGUCACUUGGCAUCGCUGCUGGAAAAGAAGGGUUACGAAGCUAUACGAGUGAUAAAUAGUAAGAAAAAACUUCGACAAUUUCUUCUUGUUCUUCUCCUUUUAAUUCGUUGCAUUUAAUUCUUUGUUUUGUUUUUUUCAUAUAUUUUGAGACAGGUAUCAUUUCAUUUGCUGACAAUUUGUGUUUCUUUCGUGUCUCUCACCUCUUCGAGUUUAGUUGCUGGCUUUCCUCGUCUGACAACUUGAUCUGGAUAUUCGUCGCUUUUGUGGCUUUCAUUGAAGUUGUGAGUUUAUGAUUAGUGCUGGUAAUUGUGAUUGGUAUACCUGGACUACUUGCUGCUAAAGAUUUUUUUCUCUGAUCUUUAAAAAAGGAAUUAAAUAUGUGUGAUAUGACCUCACACAUCAUUUACUAUUUUCCUUUUCCUAUUUACUCACAAAAAAAUUUGGACGCAGCCGCUGUUUGCAGGGAUGCUGGUCAAUUUUGACUAAGUGAUGGCCUUUAAUAGCGAGUAAAGCCUGUUGGUACAAAGUCUACACGGGAAAUAGAUAGCUUCAUACAUUCUCCAACUUUAACUACAUAGUAUGAGGAAAAAGAUUCUUCCCUUUCCAUGUUGAAGUUUUCUCACUGUUUCACACUGAUAUACCAAGAUAUGUUUUUUGCGUCCAAAUUUCCUUAAAAAACAUUGAACAAGAUGAAAGGAGCAGGAAGUUUAGGAGAUAUUAAAUUUAUGUGAUUUAGCAUGAGGAUUCACUUUGCAUAGUUCAUUUAGUUCAGACACUUUAGUUCGCGAUUUCUUUGCUCGAAGUCAGGGAAUCGAAGCUCAUAAUCUAGGUUCCACAGUUGGGAGUUCUAUUCCCUGUAAAUGACUCUUCAUCCCAAGCUAGUUACCAAGCUAAUAACGUCUUUAGCAAGGAUCCUCUCCUACUUUGGCUAUUCGACUACCAUAUCCUAAUAAUCAAUUUAUUUUUAUUGUAUUUUUCAGCUCAAUAUCUUGAUACUCGGACGAGUCAUAAAGGAGAUGAGCAAUUUGUUGCAGCCGAUAGGGGAAGAGCAUCAUUCUCAGCAAAUACGGUAAGAUUCACAACCUAAACCUAAAACAAAAUAGUGGUAGAAGCUACCAUGUCCUCCUGUGAGGCUAUAUUCGCCUAACUUCCUCAUUCCUUAAUCAGUAAGGCCAUACGAUAUCUAAAAAUGAAAAUUCAUUGUCAAAGGAAAAUAAAGGAAUUUUCUCUUUUUCACUCCUAGAAUUGGCAUCAAAGCAUGCGUGGUAAUGAUUCCCCUGCUGGGUGUCACAUGGGUAUUCGGUCUCCUCUCGCCUGUACAUAAAGCUUUCGCUUACAUCUUCACCGUAUUUAACUCUGCUCAGGUCAGUAUUCGAUGGUAAUACUCAAAAUUAUUCAAUCUCUAUCUUUAUUUAACUUUCUAACCAAAUGGGACACCAUUGCAGUGGUCACAUUUUUUUAAAUUUUAAUUUGAAAACAAAAAUGCUGUUAAGUAUGCAAGAGAAGACAGACUUCUUUUUCCAUUAUAAGAUAUGCAAUUUUCUUUCUUUCUUGGAAAUCUUAAUAGGUAUUUGACUGAUUUGUUUGUAUACUAUAAAAAUCAAUGAUCUUGAAAUCAUUUUUAUGCUGCAGGGUUUCCUGAUUUUCGCUCUACACUGCUUGCGAAACAGUCAGGUAAGUAAAACAUUAAACUGAUUAUCAACUCCAUAUUAUCAAGUUUUAUUGUUUCGAUAAAUAUCCGAGUACUAGUGCUAAGAACCAUAUUUCAUGUUGCUUGUCUAUCUGCAGAUCAGAGAGCGAUUCAAAGGAAAGAUGAAUAUCGUUUUUCCAUCUUCUAUAAAGAACAACUCCACAAGUAAGAGCUCACAGGUCAAUCCAAGUGAGGUUGGGGAUGUAUGGGCAGCUGAAAUGCAGUCUUGUGCUGAGUUUGAAUUGAAAUUGCAUGUAACUUAA